AUGGCCUCCCGCAGCUUCUCCAAGGCGCUUCGUUCGCCAAUGGCCCGCCAAUUGGCGGCCAAGCCUGCCACCCAGCAGCGCACCUUCGUUGCUGCCCGCAGCCUCGUCCGCGCCUCUGCCCAGGUCACCAAGGCCUUCGCCGCCCCUGCCCAGCAGCAGGCCCGUGGUGUUAAGACCAUGGACUUUGCCGGUCACAAGGAGGACGUCUACGAGCGUGCCGACUGGCCUCAGGAGAAGCUCUUGGAGUACUUCAAGGACGACACCCUCGCCCUCAUCGGCUACGGCUCCCAGGGUCACGGCCAGGGUCUGAACCUCCGUGACAACGGCCUCAACGUCAUCGUUGGUGUCCGCAAGAACGGCCAGUCCUGGAAGGACGCCCAGCAGGACGGCUGGGUCGAGGGCAAGAACCUCUUCGACGUUGAUGAGGCCAUCUCCCGCGGUACCAUCGUCAUGAACCUCCUCUCCGACGCCGCUCAGAGCGAGACCUGGCCCGCCAUCAAGCCCCAGCUCGUCAAGGGCAAGACCCUUUACUUCUCCCACGGCUUCUCUCCCGUCUUCAAGGACGUCACCAAGGUCGACGUCCCUACGGACAUCGACGUCAUCCUCGUCGCUCCCAAGGGCUCUGGCCGCACCGUCCGCUCCCUCUUCCGUGAGGGCCGUGGUAUCAACUCUUCCUUCGCCGUCUUCCAGGACGUCACCGGCAAGGCCAAGGAGAAGGCCCAGGCCCUCGGUGUCGCCAUCGGCUCCGGCUACCUCUACGAGACCACCUUCGAGAAGGAGGUCUACUCUGACCUCUACGGUGAGCGUGGCUGCCUCAUGGGCGGUAUCCACGGCAUGUUCCUCGCUCAGUACGAGGUCCUCCGCGAGCGCGGCCACUCCCCCAGCGAGGCCUUCAACGAGACCGUCGAGGAGGCCACUCAGUCUCUGUACCCCCUGAUCGGUGCCAACGGCAUGGACUGGAUGUACGAGGCCUGCUCCACCACCGCCCGCCGCGGUGCCAUCGACUGGACCCCCAAGUUCAAGGACGCCCUGAAGCCCGUCUUCAACAGCCUCUACGACGCCGUCAAGGAUGGCUCCGAGACCAAGCGCUCUCUCGAGUACAACGGCCAGAAGGACUACCGCCAGAAGUUCGAGGCUGAGAUGGAGGAGAUCCGCAACCUGGAGAUCUGGAGAGCCGGCAGAGCCGUCCGCUCUCUGCGUCCCGAGAACCAGAAGUAA